CACAAACCACCCUUAUCACAUGCUGAUACUACAAGAUGACAAGCGAAGAUGAAGAUGAUGAGGAUGAGUAUGACGAGGAUAUGUUCGAUGAGGAUGGAGGGGUCAAUGGUGUAGGGGUCAAUGGGGAGGUGAAUGAAGAGGAUGGUGAGGAUCAGGAUCAGGAUCAGGAUGUCAGCGAUGAACCUAGUGGAGAAGAAGACGACGAGGAGGACGAUGAGGAAGCCGAAGACGAUGAAGAAGAUGAAGAUGACGAAGACGAUGAAGAUGAGGAGGAGGAUGAUGACGAUGAGGAUAUGGAACCUCUCGAGGAGGAUCGAGAAGGGGAUAAAGAUAUCACCAUGGUGGAACAACCAUCCGACACUAUUCAAGCUAAUCAACCAUGUUACAAUCCCCAACUCCCUCAUCUCCUACGUCGAGCACUUUUCGUCCCUCCCUUCUCCCUUCAUUCCCCUCCAUCCACAUUAUCUAUAGAAGCUAUCGUCGCCAUCCCAAUCCCUUCGCCAGUACACUCCAUAGCCACCUCCUUAUGUUCUUCUUGGCUCCUCGCAGGUGCUCAAGAUGGGUUCGUAAGAGCGUACGACCUUUAUGCCAGUGUGAACGGACAACAAUCUAUGACUUCUCUGUUGAAAGCUAAUAUGGGAAUGGGAGAAGGUAUCAAUAAGACUGGAGUGGGUAAAGGUUGGUGGGUUAAUGAAGUUGAAGGAUUAGGAGGUAUGAGAGCUGAACCGGUUUAUUCUAUGACUUGUGAGAGUGAUGCGUUAUGGUCUUUAACUGGUACUAAGUCCGGAUGUAUAAACCUAUACACUCUUCGACAUUCCCCAGGACAUCAUGUACAUACUUUCAAAGGUCAUACAAAUGUCGUUUCUUGUCUGAGUCUUUUACCCGAUGAGAGGUCAUUCAUCAGUGGUUCGUGGGAUGGGACAUUGCGGGAAUGGGAUUUGAACACUGGUCAAACUGUCCGAAAAUAUCCUUCUCACGGGGCACAAUUCUCCUCCAUCUCUUUACGUCCUUACAAUCCACCUUCAUCUCCAUCCCCUUCUCAAGGAGAUGGAAUUAUCUUAGAUGGAACCUCCAUCUCCAUAAAACAAGACUUAUCUCAUAAUAUCGAUCUACCUACCGAACCCAUUCUCCCCACAGAUCUCGCACAACCCACUCUGUCUCCGUCCAUGACACCAGCCGAUAACCACCCAACACAAACACCUCACUUCACUGAAACCUCCCAACUCGUCCCUGUAUCCGACACAGUCAACCCCGUUGUUCCCUCCGCAAUUCCCGAUACAGACAUCGAAAUGGACGCUCCAUCACCAUACGAUCCUCUAUUCGAUGACGACCCUACUUCACCUCCACUUCCACCGACGAGCAACCUCCCUAACGGUCAUGACACAACCACAAACUCAGUCAAUCCUACCAAUUCUACCGAAGUCAAUGGAGUAGAGAACGGUUCACUCUUCGUCCCAUUACCCACUCCGAUUCCUAAAGGUGUAGGGGCUGCGGCACAAAUACCCAUCCUGACUAAAGAGAGAUAUAACGAUAUGUCUGAUGAUAUCUUGUUGACUAGUUCUAUGGAUGGACAGGUUACUUUGAUAGAUCGUCGUGUGAAAGAUGGAGGAGUAGGCAGGUUAUUAGCUGGUGAAAAAGCUCCACCUUGGUGUAUGUCUACAUGUUGGGCUGCUAACGGUAAUCAAAUCUUAGCUGGAAGAAGGAAUGGUACUAUCGAUAUAUGGGACAUUCGACGAACUUCUUCAACAGCUUCAAAUUUACUUCGAACCCUUCGAACACCUGCAGAGUCGGGACCGGUUAGUUGUGUGGUACCUUUCCCAGAUGGACGACAUGUAGCUACAGCAUCUCAGGAUAAUGUAAGAUUAUGGAAUACAAUCGAUUAUUUUCAACCUGAAGAAUCUAUCCGUAGACCGAAAUCUAGACCACCGUUUAAGAUCAUAGCUGGACAUCAUGGUGGUUUGAUUUCUUCAAUGAUCGUCGAUCCUACUUGUAGAUUCCUCAUUACUUCUUCUGGUGAUAGAGGUUGGUCAGGUGAAAGUACAAAAGUAGUUUUGAUCCAUGAGAUUAAAUGUUGAUUCUUAUAUCUUUUUUUCAAGUAUGAUGAUUUGAGGGUUUUUCAAUACAAAUG